GCUCGGGGGGCGGCCUCGACGGACUCGCGAAGGUUCCAGAGGCGUCGCGUGCCGGAGGCGGGCCAAUAUCUCGCGCAGGGUCGGGUGUGCCCGCAGGCCGCGGCCACUGUGACUGGUGCCGGUGCGGUCUGCGCUCGGGGUGAGCGCGGUCGGUGCGGCGUUUCCUGUUCUCGCCCCUGCGCCGCUGCAGCUGGGGCCUUCCCUGACGCGGCCCGACCAUGGCUUCAACUGUGGAGGAGCUACAGAAAGAUCUAGAAGAGGUGAAGGUUCUGCUGGAAAAAGCCACUAGAAAAAGAGUACGUGAUGCCCUGACAGCUGAAAAAUCCAAGAUUGAGACAGAAAUCAAGAACAAGAUGCAGCAGAAAUCACAGAGGAAAGCAGAACUUAUGGAAAAUGAAAAGCCAGCCGCUGUGGUUGCUCCUAUUACGACAGGAUAUACAGUGAAAAUCAGUAAUUAUGGAUGGGAUCAGUCAGAUAAGUUUGUGAAAAUCUACAUUACCUUAACUGGAGUUCAUCAAGUCCCUGCUGAGAAUGUGCAGGUGCAUUUCACAGAGAGGUUGAGUCUUAUCAUCUGGGAUGGCCAGGUGCACAUCCUAAAGUCAUUUGAUCUUUUGGUAAAGAAUCUAAAUGGGAAGAGUUACUCCAUGAUUGUGAACAAUCUCUUGAAACCCAUCUCUGUGGAAGGCAGUUCAAAAAAGAUCAAGACAGAUACAGUUCUUAUCUUAUGUAGGAAGAAAGCGGAAAACACACGGUGGGACUACCUGACUCAGGUUGAAAAAGAAUGCAAAGAGAAAGAAAAGCCCUCCUAUGACACUGAAACAGAUCCUAGUGAGGGAUUAAUGAAUGUUCUAAAGAAAAUUUAUGAAGAUGGAGAUGAUGAUAUGAAGCGAACCAUUAAUAAAGCCUGGGUGGAAUCAAGAGAGAAGCAAGCCAAAGGAGAUACAGAAUUCUGAGACUUUACAGUCUUUUUGGGAACUGUGAUGCGGAAAUAUUGAUGUUUCCAAUAAGGAAAUGUUGGUGAGCUGCACAGAUAAAUUUGACAUAUAACUACUUACACAGUCUAAGUAAAGGCAAUGAAUUCUCCAUUUCCUGCUGGAGGAUUUAUUUAAAUAAAAUAUGCUUAUUAAACAAACACUCCCUCCAAAGAUGGUUUCCUUAGUAACCGGGUCAUUUUAUUCAAGAAAAGGGUAAUGUUGUAUUCUAGUGUGAAAUGUGAAGAAGCAAGUCUUGCCUAAUGAAAAUGCCACAUUGUGUGUAUUAUUGUUCAGCUAAGAGGUAGAAACAAAAGUUACUGCUUGCCUUUUAGUUCCUGACAUCAGCUCCCACCAAUGUAAGAAUAAAAAAAUAAAACGUGAAUUUUUGCAUAAAAUGAAAAUUCAUACCUGUGUUUCAAGGUUGUUAUAGAGAGCUUGCUCUCUUCUAUUCACAGCUUAAGUGAUGUAUAUACCAUGAAGUACCAUGCCCUAAUAAUCUAAUCACAAAUAUUUUUCUCUAGAUUUAAAUAUAUUUAUUUAUGAAUAAAUUGGAACUAAAUCGAAACUUGAUAAUACACAAACAUAUUUAUAUAGUACCAGUAAGUGGGUUUUGCCAUGGUUCAGCUGGCUUGUAAAAACAAUAACUGUAAAGUAAAAGUAAAUAUGAAAAUCCAUCUAUGCUGCUGAAUAAAAACCUAUCAUCAUC